GCAGGAUAUCGGGGACACCACAUAGCGCACACACACACCGUCCUCAAGCUGAUGCCUGUGCGUCCCCGUCACUUCCGGUGCGGCCGCCUCACUUCCGGUAUAGCAUUCUGCCAAGGGAUAGGAAUCUGGCAGAACAGCGGCUGCGCACGUAGACCGCGGUGCGCAUUGGUAGCUGUAGUAUGUGACAGUGUGGCUUCCCGACCUACGUAGUGACCAUCUGCGCCACAGAACUACAACGCCCAGCAUGCCGCGCAACUGCUAGCACCCGCUGAAGCAGCGGGGUAAGAUGGCGGCCGCUGGAAGGAUGGGGAAGCUUCCUUUGUUUUAAAGCGGAGAAAUCCACCCAAAUCGUCCUUCGCCAGUGCGGCCCGUCCCGGCAGAGGCGGAUUGUGUCUAUUGGAGGCUGCAGUAAUGGCAGAAGACCGCCAGGAACAGAAACAAACCAAGGAAGAUGCUGAAAAGGAAGUAACGGAAGAAUCAACACUGACAUUAGAACCAUCGUUAUCAGAGGAUGAACAUGAGCUCCCCGCCAAUGCCGCCGAACAUGAUCCUUCUGAAGUGCUUUGCCCUGGACACAUCAUUCUGAAAGCUUUGCAGCAAGUUGUCAGUGAAAGCAAGAAGACUCUCCACAGGGUUCCAGACCUAAAAUCAAAGUGUUCAAAAUCAAAAAAGGCUUGCAAGAAGAAACCAUUGAUGAGGCCAGUGGAUCCUGAAGAGACAAAUUGUCUCCAUGCGGAGAAUGAAAAUUCUCUUCUUGAGCCCACAACUGAUCUGUUGUCUAGUCUGGCUAAUGCAUUGGAGUACUUUGAAAAGACUUCUAGUACAAUCACACCAGGGUCUCGUCUCCAGUCUCCUAUAGAAGAGAACUUACAGUAUGAAGAUUUAUAUUCCUUAGAGGAACUGGAUGAAGUUGAAUUUAUGGCAGAAAUUAGACUUGGCGAUGUUGAAGCUUAUUCAAGUAGACGGUCGGGAAUUUUCAGAGAUAGACACUGGAGAUUCCAGAAAUCAGUGUGCCUAAGUACCUCAGGGCUGCAACUCGCUGAAGGACAAUCAGCAAUUGAAGAGACAGCAUCCAGGCCUUCCAGAACAGAGGAUUCACUGGAACACCUUAAAUACCCUCUAAAUAUUAAUCCUUGUAUGCCCAGGACAUUGCACAGAACUAGCUUAAGCACAAAAUGUGAUGUAAUACAGAACUCAAAGGAUUUUCACUACAAAGAUCUGAACAGGACUUCACAGCAGAAGAGUCCUUCUAAAGCAAUUGUAGUACCAGGACUUCUGUGGCCUGAGAACAGUCCAAUGGAUGCCUUCUCCAUUUCUAGGGUACAGAAUAAAUUUUGCUCAAACAGGACUACACUGAUUAAUAGCAAUACUCAGUUUGUUAAAAAUCAGCCGGAUGCGUUAGUGUCUGUAGGACUUGCUUUAGGAAAUGGCACUGGGGUAACGGGCGGACAACAAAGACCACUUAGUGGAGAAGGGUCCACCUCAAACAGCCAACAUACACAGCCUACUGGUUCUUUGGAGAAGACAGAUUCAAGUUCCUCCUAUUCAUCAUCCUCUUCACAGAAUCCUGCAGGUGGCAGUGGCACACAGUCAACAAUGUCACAGGACCUAGAUAUUUAUGACCCUUUUCACCCAACAGAUGAGGAAAAUGUGAAUGGAGAUUAUAUUUAUGAGGACUCCCCAGGGAAGGAAAUGGAUGAACAGGAGGAUCAAAAAUAUGAUCCCUUCGAUCCUACUGGCUCUAAUCCAAGUUCCUCAGAGCACAGCCCUUCACCAUAUGAGGACGAUGAUGAUGAUGAUAUUGAUAGUGAAUCUCACCCCGAAGGUAGAAUAUCUGAGGCCUUGGCUGGUAUCUAUGAUGAAAAUAGUUUAAGCCAAGAAUAUCCUGGCAUAGACAAAAACAGGGAAGGUUCAAACUCUGCUGAAUGUGAUAAAUUUCAGGGGAUUGAUGAGCAUGAGGGUGGUAAUGAAGUUGACAGUAACAAAGAACAAAGACUUCCCAAAGAUCCCUUAGACACUGCCUCCAAAAACGUUUCAAAACUGGAUUUUGAACCUUACAGUCCUAGCUCCAGCAUAGACCUGGACACAACAGAUGAAAUGGAGCUACAGGAAACUUCAAAAGUAUCUGAGGAAAAAAAUGUAAAUGAGCCACCAGCUGCUGAUUCAACCUUGGAUGAAAUCAGUCCAUCAGAUACUUCAGUAGAGCCUAUAAGGAGAGUAUUCACUGUAGAUGUUGGUCAAGACUUUAGUCGUAAAACAGACUUUACAUCUGAAGCGGAAUCUAAAUCUAAGGUUGAAAUUAAAGUAUCGCUAGAGUCUUUAGCAAAGCCGGACAUGAAAUCCUACUUACGGUUAGAAAAAAUUGCCAAACUAGGAAGUGAGUCAAGAUCACGCCACAAAAGAAGACAUUCCUCUGAAAGGAGGGAUCGGGAUGAUGACUCUGAUCGGAAAUAUGAUUCCGAAAUUGAAGAGGGAGAAAUUGUCCAACCAGAUGAAGAUUGUUUUAGUCCAAUGCCCUUGUUCCGCAGCCGAUGUCGUGUAAUUGAGAGACCACUUAGAAUGGUUGAAGGAGAUGACUUUCUGUCUUUGCAUGCAGAUUCAGAUGAGGAAGGAGCUUUGCAGAUUGAUUUUGGUGAAAACCAAAUGGAAAACCGAUGGAAAGGGCUAGACCUGAGGCGAAAGAUCACAAAUCAGCGCAGAGAGAGGUAUCGUAAAAAGUCAAUAUCACCCACAAGACCUAAAAAGCAGUCAAAAUCUCGUUCUCCUUCUAGCUCGCAUAGUCGUAAAAAGCCCAAACGAGAGAGAAAGAGAUCAAGGGAACAAAGAAGGUCAAAAGAACCAAGACCAUCUGGGUCAUGGUCUAGUGCAAAAAAGCUAGGGAAGGAGAGUAAGGACCGUAAGCGUUCUAGGUCACGCUCUUACAAUAAGAUUUCUCGAUCUCUGUCCAGAGACCGAAGGCGAUCGCGUUCUUGGUCGCCUUCCAUUAGCACCAGCUUAUCUGCUGUAGAGUCCUCUCGUACAUCAGCUGAAAGGAGGAAAAGUCGUAGAUCAAAAUCAAAGGAGAAAAGACGUCGGUGGUCUAAUUCUGGUAGUACUGAUCGAGAUCGAAAAGAUAAACACAAAGAGAAACAUCGUUCAGAUGCAAAGAAAAAAAAGAAAAGAUCACGUUCUAAAUCCAGAGAAAGAGACCGUGACAGACGGUCUUCCCGCCACUCCAAUGAAAGGAAGGAUAAAGAUAAACCAAGAUCAAGGCACUUGUUGGAUGAACCCAAGGCUGAAAAUCCUCCACUGUUAGAAAGGAGACGGCGUGACAGUCGGUCAGUAGUGCCACCUUCCAUUCAGGAUCUCAAUAAUGCUGAUCUUUUUACUAUUAAGCGAACUAUUACUAUCAAUCCAGAAGAGAAAUUAGCUAGGGAGGAGUUGCUGCGCAGUCCUGAGCUGUCUGGAAAAAGAGAAGUUCUCUAUGAUUCUGAAGGGCUAAGCUUUGAAACCUAUUCUGACCGUGAAACUCUUGAUGAUAGGGAUGGCAAAUGUAAUCGACCUUUUGACAGGCGUUCAGGGAAAUCUGAUUCUGGCAAGAGAAGGCUACCCAUGGAAUUUGACACAAAGCGGGUUGAAGAAGACAGAGAGAGUAGGCAGAAAAUCUCUAAAGAGCGAGAUAGAAAGCGUGAUAGAUCCUACACAGAUGAUAGCCGUGAACGAUACAAGAAGCGGUUCAAAGAUGUUCCUGAACCAGAGCCUUUGAAGUUAGACAGAGAAAAGGUUCGUGUGGAAAAGGAUAAGACUCCCAAAAAAAUUAAAACGAGUCAUAAAGACGGCAAAGGAAGUUCAACCAGAAAGGUCAAACUUCAGUCUAAAGUGGCUGUUUUGAUUCGUGAAGGAGUAAGCAGCACAACCUCUGUGAAAGAAGCGGGUUCCAUUGGGGUUAAAUUUAGUCGUGAUAGAGAGAGCCGUUCUCCAUUCCUUAAAUCGGAAGAAAAGAUGGCAGAUAUAAAGGGUGGUCGGCCCAAACCUGAAACUGAAGAUCUAAAAGAGCCUCUUUUAAGGCCUAAAAAAUUAAAAAGCUUAAAAACGAAGACUGGUGUUAAGAAGGUAAAGAGUGCAGGAGGUGGAGGGGCUCUUGUUAAAACCAAGGGAACUCUAGAGAAGAAGAAAAAGAAGCUAAAGACAAAGGCCUCACUCAAAAAGUCUAAGGCAGAUAGCUGUAGUCAGGAGGUCCUAAGCCCAAUUGAAACCAAAGAUGAACCAAUUUGGUCAGAUACAGAGAAGUCUGAGAUUAUAGUGAAACCACCAAGUCCGCCCAAGCCAGCCAAUGAGCAGGAGCUCACUCCUGAUUCACAAACUGUAGACAGUAGCUGCAAGACUCCAGAUGUGUCAUUUAUGCCAGAGGAACUCCCUCCAGACCCAGAGAGAAGUAUUGACUUGGAGGUUGAUAGUAUUUCAGAACCUAAAGAAGAGGGUCCCCGUCCAGCCCAUCCUCCUCCGCCACCUCCUGCGCCAAUGUCUUGGAACCUGCAGUCAGGAGUAGAUUGUGCCACGAGUGGUGUUUUGGCAUUGACUGCUUUGCUGUUCAAGAUGGAAGAAGCUAACAUGGCGAGCAGAGCCAAGGCGCAGGAGCUAAUCCAAGCUACCAAUCAGAUCCUCAGUCACAGCAAGCCUUCUACCUCAUUGGGUAACCAGCCUCCACCUCUACCAGCCUUGGGUCAUUCAGCUCCUCCAUAUCUUCUUGGUGGUCUACCCCUAAGUAGUAGCUCCAGCCCUCCUACCCCCACUGGAAUUGCAGGCCUCAACUCCCAGUCAUUGUCUGGCUCUACAUCCAGCUCAUUCUUCAACACUACAGCUAUCUCUGAGCUGGGAAAACGGGAAGGCAGCACAAGCUCUGAAGGCAGAGGAGACACUGACAAGUACUUGAAGAAGCUGCAUACACAGGAAAGAGCCGUGGAGGAGGUGAAACUGGCCAUUAAGCCAUAUUAUCAGAGGAAAGAGAUCACAAAGGAUGAUUAUAAAGACAUUCUGAGGAAGGCUGUACAUAAGAUCUGCCAUAGCAAAAGUGGUGAAAUUAACCCCGUUAAGGUAAACAACUUGGUGAAGGCCUACGUCCAGCGUUACAAGUACUUCCGGAAACACGGCAAGAAAAUGGAUGACGACGAAAGCGCCAGCAGUUACCGUAGUGGAAAGGAUCAGGGGGCCCUGGAAAAAGCACUACCCCCUUUACCAUUAAUUUGAGCCCAGGAGGACUAUGGAAUAUACCUGUGCAAAUAAUGGCAAUUUAAUUAAAAAAAGAAAUUAGAGAAAAAAUGGAAAAAAAAACCUUUUAUGCAAAUAUUGGUUGAACUUUAGAGAUGCCUAUCUUUAGAAAUAAAUAUAUGUGACUCCUCACAGCUCCCCUCCGUUUGCUUGUACUGUGGUCACAGACCUGUCAGAGCUGGGAACUUCUAGAUGAUCCUGCACAGGCCACUUGUUUGCUGUGCGGUCUCGUUUUAAAUAGUCGUCUCUUGUAAAUAUAUUUUUGCUUCACAGAUUUGCAGCUUUAUUAUCCAUAUUCUCUACCGGAUUUUAAUUCUCAUCCCCUCUAGCCCCUCUAUUAUUAUUAUUUUGCAUGAUUUUACACAUCUCCACGGUUUCAUCUCUGGGGUAGCAAGUUCUUGUUAUAUACUCCUUUUCCUGAUAGCUGUAUUAAAAUGCCAUCCUGUAAG